AUGCCUCUCGGUGUACCGUGUCCUAUUUCCAGUGUUGGCAAUGAGGAACUCAUUGUCAAUGCACCAUUGCACGAUGGUAUCACCUCGAGAGUCAGGCGGGACUUCGUUGUCCCAUGCCAAUGCGUGUGCAUUGACGUCGGCACCUAUGAGCUGUGGCCCGUCUGUGUUGAGUCUAUCGAGGUCCUCUGGAGUGAUCUUGGUGGCGACAGGCGGAAGAUAUGCUGA